CACUAUUACUCACUUCAAUUCUCUCAUUUCAAAUUCUUCAUAAAAAAAAAAAAAAACCCCUCAAUAAAUCACUCACUUUAAUGCAAAACCCAUUAAGGAAUACUCAAAUUUGUGCAUUUUUAUGGGUACCCAUUUGGGCUAUCUCUCAUUAUCAUCACAUUCUGUUCCUUUGUGAUUGUUAGUUGUGUUUAAGUGUGUUGUGUAGUGGAAGAUUGUGAGAGCUUUGGAAAAUCUUGUGGAGAUUUAAAGAUAGAAGAAAGAAAGAAAAUAUAAAAUUGAUGGAUGGUUUUGCUGUAGAUGUAGAUGAAGAUGAAGAGGCUGGUGGUAGGAGAGAAAAUGGAGAUUUUGGGACAGGUUCACAUGCCCAUGCCAAAGCCAAACACUACCGCUCUAAGAGUGCUACGGACAGGAACUUGGAUAGUACCAGAGAUGGAGUUUCACAUUCAAUGCAGAACAAAUUCAUUGAAUCACAUGCAUUGCCACUUUCAGAAAGGACUUGUGGAGCACGAAGUCCUCGUCACGGAUACUCCAUCAACAUUAACACUGCUACUACAUCAAGACAUCGGGACUCGUUGGAAAAAGAUAUUGAGCAGCUGCAAUUACGUUUGCAGCAAGAGAAAUCUAUGCGGAUGAUGCUUGAAAGGGCAAUGGGUCGUGCUUCUAGUACUUUAUCUCCUGGACACAGGCAUUUUGCUGCACAGACUAAAGAACUAAUAGUGGAGAUUGAGCUUCUGGAAGAAGAGGUUGCAAAUCGUGAGCAGCAUGUUCUCUCUCUCUAUAGGAGCAUUUUUGAACAAUGUGUUAGUCGGCCUACUUCUGGGAAAAACUCUGGCAUGACUUCACCAGCCCAUACGAAGAAUGAAUCUAGGAAACACCCAAGUAUAAUUUCAAGUGCUUUUUGUUCCGCAAAGAAGUUCCCUCUUCGACCUUUCCAAGCUCUGACUUCUAUAAAUGACUCGGGGAAAAGAACUUUACCAUCGCAAUCUAGGACACGACAUGCUCCGUUGCUUACUGGCAAAUCCAACAAUCAUUUUGAGAAGACUCGGUCCAACCCCGGUAAGGUUCAAGAAAUGCUUCCAACUAUGAACAAAACUUCAGUGCUGCGAAGCCUGAAAGAUCAUCUCCACCAGUGCCCAAGCAAGUUGUCUGAGGAAAUGGUUAGGUGUAUGGCUGCUGUCUACUGCUGGCUUGGUAGUUCAGUCUCUGCAAAUCCAACAACAUUAAAACGAAGUGGUAUCAGUGAGGAUAGGGACUGGUCUUGCAAAUCCAUGGUUGAAAUAUCUUCAAUAUCAACUGAUAAGAACCACUUCUCUCGUGCAUCUUAUGCCAUUAACAACUACAGAGUUCUUGUGGAACAACUGGAAAAGGUGAAUGUGGCACAGAUGGAAACCAAUGCCAAGAUUGCAUUUUGGGUCAACACUUACAAUUCUCUCGUCAUGCAUGCAUAUUUAGCGUAUGGUAUACCCCACAGCUCUUUAAGAAGGCUAGCUUUGUUUCACAAGGCUGCUUACAACAUCAGUGGCCACAUCGUAAGUGCAAAUGCCAUAGAGCAGUCAAUAUUCUGCUUCCGUACACCUCGAGUUGGACGGUGGUUUGAGAUUGUCCUGUCAAGUGCCAUGAGGAAAAGAUCUGGAGAAGAAAGACAACGCAUCAGCUCAAAAUUUGGUCUUCGUAAUUCCCAAUCCCUUGUUUGCUUCGCUCUUUGUACUGGAGCUUUUUCUGAUCCUGCGCUUAAAGUCUACACGGCAUCAAAUGUUAAAGAUGAGCUAGAAGUAGCAAAAAGGGAGUUUCUUCAAGCAAAGGUGGUUGUCAAGAAGUCAAAGAAAGUGUUUCUGCCAAAGGUGCUUGAAAGAUUUGUGAAGGAAGCCUCUAUCGCCUCUGAUGAUCUUAUCAACUGGGUUGCUGAAAAUGUUGACAAGAAGCUUCGUGACUCAAUACUGAAAAGCAUUGAUCGUAAAACCAGUAGAAACGCAUCGCAAGUCAUAGAGUGGUUACCUUAUGAUUCAAGGUUCAGGUAUGUGUUUUCUACAGAUUUAAUGGAUAAACCAUGGCGAGCGUGACUCUCUUUAUGAAUUCUUGGAAGCAAUAUACCUUGUCACGAGUCUUCAUUGUUUCUUGGCUAAAUGAACAAGAAAAAUAAUGUCCAUAAUUCAACAUGCAAGUGAUCCCACUCCUUGUACAUUUAACUACUGUCCUUUAGAUCUUUGCCAAUUUCAGGUGUAUUGUGGUGGUUAUCUGAUCUGAAGUUACUUUUGCGCAUCUGUUGUAACUUGAAUCGAUUGACUGGUUUUAAAAAAAAAUUUUUUUUUUUUUUGGUGAUUCAAA